UGAAAUAAAUAUACGUUUCUGCGAGCGAGUUUGUAUAAUUUUCCAAUACGAACUAUUCGAUACGACACACGAGUUAUUUGUUUUGAUACGAUAGACAUUAAUAACGCGGUAGUUGGAUUGUGAAUAAUUUAGUUAUUAAUUGUUUAUGAUAACUUUUAUGUGAAAAAUAAAGUAAAAUGCCGUUAAAUACAAAGUUGUUGUUGCCUGCUGCAUUGGCAUUAUCAAUAGUCACGGUGACCGCUUUUGUGGCUUAUUACAUAUUCAAAAAGGAUGAAGAGGAAACAAGUGAAAAGACAGUUAAAGCACCAAAAUUAAACACAAUUGAAGUGUCUGUACCAAAAAGUAUUGUUCCUGCAUUAAUUGGUCGAAAUGGCUCCAAUAUAAAGGAUAUUGAGAGUAAGUCAGGUGCAAUGAUACAUUUCAAGAAGUUCAGUGACAAGGAGUAUGACGUAUGCAUCAUCAGGGGUCGCAGUCAAGCCACUCAGAUUGCGGAUGCCAUUAUACAAGACUUCAUAAAGCAACAGCCAGUUAUUGAGACGGAUACCAUGUUGGUACCGGGAUGGGCUUGUGGCAGGAUCAUAGGUACUGGAGGUGAAAAUAUAAACAACAUAAGUCACAGAAGCGGCGCCCGAGUAAAGAUCGAAGGUUCACCGUCUGCAGAGAGCAGUACCCAGCGGCAGAUCACUUUCCGAGGUACAAAAGAGCAGAUUCGGGUUGCCAUGGAUCUUAUAGAGAAUUAUGUUGCACAGGAAAAAUGCCGUCGCGAAAUAGAACAAUCGAAGAGGACACCUCGGGUGACCAUUCCGCCGCCCUCGGUGCCACAGCCUCAGGAGACCCCAGGUAGACCGGCCCUCAGACAUGUCAAGUGUAAGCCUGAUCCAAAUAAAUUGGAAAAUCAAGAAGCUGUAAAUGGCAACAAUGUUUUUCCAGUGGACAUCAAUUUAUUUGAAGAGGCGAGCAGUUCCUCAAUCGAGGUGUACGUGUCAGCAGUGUCUUCUCCGUCGAGGUUCUGGGUACAGUUCGUGGGUCCGCAGGUAGCACAACUCGACAACCUUGUCGCACACAUGACUGAAUAUUACUCUAAUAAGGAGAACAGAGCUGCGCAUGCGCUGGAGACGGUGAGCGUGGGUCAAGUGGUUGCGGCGGUGUUCCGGCACGACGGCCGGUGGUACCGCGCUCGCGUCCAUGACAUACGACCCAAUGAGUUUGAUGCCACACAUCAGGUGGCAGACGUAUUCUUUUUGGAUUACGGCGACAGCGAAUAUGUGGCCACGCACGAGCUUUGUGAAUUACGCGCUGAUUUGCUGCGGUUAAGAUUCCAGGCAAUGGAGUGCUUCCUAGCAGGUGUGAAGCCGUCAGGCGGUGCUCGCUGGCAUUCGCAAGCUAUCGAACGAUUUGAAGAAUUAACACAAGUGGCCCGUUGGAAGCCUCUACUGUCCAAGACGUGUACGUACAAGAAGUCAGUUGCUAUGGUGGGAGAGAAAGAGAAGGAGAUACCCGGAAUCAAACUGUUUGAUGUCACCGAAGAAGGUACGGUGGAGGUGGGGGAGGCGCUGGUGGAGGAGGGGUGGGCGGAGCGCAGCGCCUCGCCCCGCCCCUCGCCGCCGCCCGCGCGCGCCACGCCCAACUCGCCCUUCGGAGACCUCGGCAACUCCAGGGUGCUGGGUAUGUUGCCGAGUACCCGCUCGUCCUCCUUGCCAAAGGACCACAAGGAUGACCGCAGCGAGGACCAUACGCCAGAACUAGUCAAAGAUCUGACACCGAUAUCGCCGUCAAAAUCUCUAUCAUCAGGCUUAGAGACUUCUGACAAAUUAAAAUCAGUAUCCAACUUCGAUUUAUCGUAUUCCGAAUUCGGUAAACCUUCACAAAAUGGUUCAAAUGAAGAUUUUAUUAAUAAAGAGAGAAGUAAUAUUGAAACAGACAUUUCAUCAGUUCCAAGCACACCGUCUUUUAAGACGAGAGAUGAAUUCAAAGCAAAUAUGAACAGAAUUGACUCUCAUCAUAGUAAUUUGGAGACGUUGGGUCGGUCGCAACAUUGAUUCAGUCAUAUGCGUUUCCAUUACCGAAACUUACAAAAACAUGUCAUCAGUUGAAAUAUUAUAUAUUUGGACUAAUUUUCUACAAUGAAACGAUUAGUUUGUAUAUCUAAGACUUUGUAAAAUUUUGUACUAAUUAAAAAAUUAAUCCUUUAUACAUCCAAACAUUCGCAUUUAGGAAUGUUGUAAUACUUGAAAUAACAACAUGUUUUAUGUGAUUGUUUCGAGUAGUGUGAACUUAAUAUAAUAUUAGUAAUUUUUUCUGUUCCGAUACGCAAGAUAAGUAAUCUUACGUAUUAAAUAUUUCAAAGUCUUCAUUUUUUUGUUGUAUUUUUUUAGUUAUUUAGUAAGUAAAUGACAUUGUUGAUUUCAUAUCGUACUUAUGUAUCGUUUAUAUGUAAAAUGCAGUUAAAUAAGAAGAUACCCCAAAAACACUAAUGGCCAUUUAUAAAAGUUUUUUUUUAAAUAUUAAUAGUCUGUGACUUUUUAUGGCAACACUUUCCUGUCAUUAUAUGUAAUUUUUUUAGUCUGUGAUUGUAAAUAACUACUGUUUUAUUAUAAGUAGAAAAGCUUUAACAUUGUCGCUUUGUAGAUUUUGUAUGAGAUUGCAAUUUAGGAAAUAAGUUGAAAAUGGAGUUAAUAAGAAAAAGUUACAAGCGAAUAUUUAUUGCUGGUCAGUGCCUAAUUGGUCGUAAUGGAGACCCUAAGUGCGACACUAAGUGUAAAAAUAUAUGUCCCCGGUUGAAAAACUUUGCAAUAAAAUAUGUCUAAUAAAACAGUCCUUUUUCAUAUCUUUAAAAAUAACUCGUUGCAUAAAUGGUGCUAAAUUAGAAACAAGUUUUUUGUUUAUAUUAUUUAAAAAAAAAGUUACUUAAUAGUUUUAAUUUUAGUCUGUGGUAUUCGCUUUUAUAAAUAAAAAGCAGUGCCAUAUCAAUAAGUACAAAUAUUUAUUCUGUUGUGAAUGGUAUGUAUGAUUUGUAGAUAGAGCGGGAAAACAAGCUUUUUAGUUUUUUUUUAAUCUGCCAAAAAACAUUAACGUAAAGAGAAAAAUUAUUAUUUUUUUCAAGG